GAUUGCCUCACACAACGUCCUUCUCCUACUCAUUGUACCUCAGCUUGUUCGGCCUCAUCCUCCACAGGGCGAUUUUAUCUCAUCCUAAGUCCUCGUCCUAUACUCGAUCUGUUCUGCCACGCGAACAUCGGAACGGACCUCUGUUCCGACCUUCUAUCACGCAACUUGGUUUAUUUCUCCAGCGACAUCUUCCGCUGCUCCUGUCUCCUUCUGUUAUCACAACACCAUCCACAGCAAUGUCUUGGCAAGCCUACGUCGAUUCGAGUCUCGUCGGCACCGGCCACGUUGACAAAGCCGCAAUUUUCAAUGCCGAUGGCAACUCCGUAUGGGCCUCGUCGCCGAACUUCAACGUGAGCCCGCAAGAAAUGCAAGAGGUUGUUGGCGCGUACAAGGAUACUUCAGUGCCCAAGAAAGUGCAGUCUACGGGAUUACACAUUGCGGGUCAGAAGUACAUUGUCAUUAAGGCGGAUGAAUCAAGUCUGUACGGGAAGAAGGGUCGAGAAGGCGUCGUCAUCGUCAAGACGAAACAGGCUCUGCUUAUCACACAUUACCCGGAGACAGUACAGCCUGGCACGGCCGCCAACACAGUCGAGAAACUCGCCGCCUACCUUGUCAGCGUGGGGUACUGAGGCCGAAAAUAAAAGGAAACGAGAGAGUGGCGCGGCCGAGGAAUGCUACACACAAAACACCACCAACACCCCCUCUACAUGCCCAAUAGGUAGCUUGGACGCGGCAAAGAUGACGGACACGAAUACAAGGAUGGACCGACCUUGAAUCGGCCGAUGAUGAAUGAGUCUUCAUGGCGGGGCAUGCGCACUUCAAAGAGCAUAACAUGGAGUAUUGAAAUGUUAUUCCUUGGAAUCUUCUUCUGCUUUUCCUACCGUCUUCCGACUAUGUUCUGCCAGCAAUAACUCGUUCCCUCCGUCACGCGUCGUCCCACGCUCAAUGCGGCUGGGGAUCUCAAGGUGUUUGGAGAGGUGGGUUCAACGGAACGAAACCUGGUCAACUACCGGGAACGAACGCACAAGGGAGAUGGGCAACCAAAUUGUCAGCUGUUUCUCGAGAACCAAAAACAAAGUCUCUUUUGCAUAACACAGCUCUACAUGGUUUGUAACGAGCCAAGGACUGUAUAAACGUUCCG